CUGGUUAUCACCAAGAAGCAGCAGCGGCGGCACCUUUGUACAAACUAUAACGGUCAACGUACUCGAAGACUAACAGUAGUUCGGCGCACAAAAUGAGUUUGUUCAACACGUCGUACCUGAUGGGCAAUGACACAACGGGCGGAUGGGGUCCAAGGUAUUUUUUCACGUUCUACUCGGAGUUCGGCGACGAGCAGGCCGAGUCGGCUGUCGAGGUGACAGUGUUCAUGGUAAUAUUCGCCGCGUCCGUCGUGGCCAACGUAUCCAUCGCCUGGGCGGUGCUCAGAUACCGGGAGAUGCGCACCGUCACCAACUGUUUCCUGCUCAACCUCACCGUGGCCGACCUACUGUUCGCCGUCACCACGCCGGCGCUAGCCUACGUCCGUGUCCGGCCCGACUGGCCGUUUGGCGAUUUCGUAUGCCGGUUGUUGCCUUACUCGCAGUUCGUUUGCGGUUUCGUGCUGCUGUGGACGCUGACGCUGAUCAGCAUGGACCGGCACCGGUGCAUCGUCGUGCCGCCAUACCGUUCGCAGCUGACGCCCCGCCGUGCCACCGUGCUCACCGUGCUCACGUGGCUGAUCGCGCUGGCGGUGUUCAUGCCAGUGCCGUUCUGGUUCCACGAGCAGGCCGUGAUGGGCGGCACCGCGGUGAACGUGUGCACGCUGGUGUUCCCCAAGAACGACACGUUCAAGAUGUCCAUCGUGUUCACCGUGUCCGUGGUGUCGCUGUCCUGCAUCCUGCCGCUGUCGCUGUUCGUCUACCACUACCAGCGGAUAUUCCACAAGUUGAACAAGACCCGACGGCGGAUCGAGCACUCCGUCUCGCAUCGGUCCGCCGCCGUCCACACUGCGUCCCGGAACAGCCUGUCGCCGCCCACCAACGGUUCCACGCCGCAGGUGUUGGUGCGGCACGAAGAGCUCCGGUACAGGAAACACGUGCGCGUGGUGCGCGUGCUGCUGAUCAACGUGAUCGUGGUGCUGGUGAUGUGGCUGCCGAUCACCGUCGUGAUGUGCCUGAUCUACGUGGACGGCAGCCGGGACACGGAGGACACGGGCUACUUCCUGCGGUCGCACCACUUCAUCAUGGGCCUGCUGUUCGCGCUCCUCAACACGGUCGUCAACCCCAUCCUGUACGGCGUGCUGUCCGAGAACUUCCGCAAGUGUUUCGCCCGGCUGUGGUUCAUAUCGAAGCGCCGGCGGGCCAUGCACAGGGAGCUGCUGGACAACGCCAGCAAGGGCGGCGCCCGGACGCCCAGCAACGGCCACUACAACUCGACGCUGCAGCCCGGCAGUUCGGCGUCCGUGGUCGAGCUGCCGGCCACCGCGAUCGUGUCGUCGUCGGCCACCAACGAGUGUUGGUGACGGGGUGCCGACGACGACGCCCGACCGUCCUCCCCGUCCCGCCGCCCCAUAUCCGCACACUCCAACCCCGACACGACCGUCACGACCGCAUAGAGAACACGUCGUCGUUGUUGUUAUUAUUAUUAUUAUUGUAACGAGUGUUCUAUCGAAUGAUAUUAUAUAAUUUAUGACGUUUUACCUGUACAGCCGAUCGUCGUUAGCCGCACGGUACCUAACGUAAAGUAUAUAGUACGUAAUAUCGUGUUCAUACGACGGGGGAACGUACAUACAGGUCUGUGAACCGUUCAGUUGCAGGACGAAGCGUGUACGGUGGUUUAUACUGGCGCGAAUCGCACGGAUGUGAAGGGUGCCUAGAUUUAAUACUACCUAUAUACCUAAUAUACCCACUUAUUCUAUACCUAUAACAUAUAGCACCCCGAACCCUGCAGUGAUUAUACCAAAAAUAAUUAAAAACCUCGAGCACCUACCGGAAUGGGUCGUAGAUAGGCUGUCGGACUUGAUGAACUAUAGUUUAUUCCGCGAAGACCGGAAGAGAUGUAGCUAGGUAGUACUUGACGAAGAAACUGUUUUGAAUAAAUAAUAUUAUCAUACCUAACUGUAUCAUUACGUAUGAGCGUGUACAAAUAAUUUGUACUGCGUGAAUAAUAUCAUAUACCUACCCACCUAUAAUGGAUUUAAAUCAAUGAUUUUAUCGAUUCGAUUGACUAUAGAGAUAUCGGAUAUAAUAUGGAUACCCACGACUCCUCCAAAACGUCUCUGACGCUUAGACCCACUAUAAUAGUUUUAGAUGUUUUGCGCCUAUUGUACAUAGGCAUUCGUACACGAUAUCAUAUUCUACGCACCGUUACCUCUAACAAACCGCUACCUCUCAGCCCCGUCAUAUUAAUCCAUCUGUAUGCGUACAUAACGUGCGUGCGGAUUGGGCCGCGGGUUUAAGCCUAUAGAUGGUGUCUAACCCAAUCGCGAGACUACAAUAAUAAGAGUUAUUAUGCGGAUUAUAGCGAUAUGUACAUAAUACGGUUCCCGAUCUGUACGUCCCCGAGUGUAGUCAAAAACAUCCCCUCCACUACCACCAACCCCACCCUGAAAGCACGCCAUGACAUCGGAUGAUCUCACUAUAAUAAUUUAAUGUUAUGAUAUAAUAUAUUAUUGUAAUGUAAAUAGGUAUUAUUAUUUAUAAUAAAUACGACAUAGACUUAUCUUAUACAUACCUGUACAGUAUACACGUUAUGUAUAAUAAUAUAUAAUAAUGAAUAAUAAGAUAUUAGUGAGUAUAUACCUACCCGUUAUUCGUCAUAUACGUUUAUUAAUUGAACUAUUAAUUAUUACUAUUAUUACUAUUGUCCUAUUGAUAUAUUGUAUCAUGUAUUUUUUUAGUUUUGUAGAAUGUUAUUUUUAUUUAUUAUUUUUUUUGUAGCAUAAACAUUUUUUAUCUAUAUGUUUAUAUCCAAGAACAUACCACAAAAUAUUAUUGUAAAUGUGUGACUAUUUAUUUAUUAAAUCGAUGUAUAUAUGGUUAUUUAAUCGGUGUAACGUAAGUAAACGUGGGAAACGAUGUACGAAAGUGAUUUUUUUUUUUAUGUUUAACAUGUUAUUUUAACGAGUCCCAUGUGUUACCCAAUAUAUAUAAUUACAUUAUUAUUUAUUAUCUAUGUGUUAUCCAUAUCGAUUUUUUUACGAGAUUAUUUAACUGAACAUUUGUAAGACAUACACAUACACUGAUACACAUAAAGAGUUGUGAAUAUAUUUUUUA